AUCAAUACUAAUCAGAAAAAUUUGUCAUGCUGUAUAUUACGAAUAUUAAGUCUUGUUCCACUCAGCAGGAGGAAAUUCAUCCUGCUUGUUGGACCAAAUGAUUCAGUUAAUCAUUAACCUGAUUCCAGAUACAAUAUAAAGCCCAGGAUCUUCACUCAGUAGCUGUUCAUCCAGUCACAGAGGAGGGACAGGGCGGCCAGUUGUUCACCUGACAUCAUCGACACACAGCUGGAGAAGCGGCACGACAACAACAUGAAAAUAACACUUAUUCUCUUUUUGUUUGUUCUGGCUUCUGCCUGGGCCUCUGUCCUCUGUGACAAAGAUGAGCUGACUGUCCUCCAGCCCGAGGCUCCUGUUGAAACCCGCUCCCGCUUUGCCGCUCUGGAUGAUGUGCGUCUCCUGGCGAACGGUCUCCUCCAGCUGGGUCAGAGCCUGCGAGAGUUUGUGCACAAGACAAAAGGUCAAAUAAAUGACAUUUUCCAGAAACUCAACAUCUUCGACCGCUCUUUCUAUCAGCUGUCUGUGCUGGCCAGCGAGAUCAAGGAGGAAGAGGAGGAGCUGAAGAAGACCACGGUGGUACUGAAGGCCAACAAUGAAGAGAUUAAGGGUCUAUCUGUUCAGAUCAGCUCCAAGGUGGACAGCAUCUUGCAGGAGAAGAGUGGGCUGCAGAACAAAGUGAAAGGCCUGGAGGAGAAGCUGAGCAGUCUGUCCCAGGGCCUGCUGACCGGUGAGCAAAUGGCAGAGAUCAACAGCCUCAGGACGGUGAUCCACAGCCAGGAACAUAGCAUCACAGAGCUGCUGAACGCUGUGAGGGAGCAGAGUGACCAGCUUAACCACCAGCGGACAAAGAUAAAGUCUCUGGAGGAAAAGCUUACAGCCAACACAUUUGCCCAAGAGACCAUUGAGAAGAUGCCUGAAAUGCUCACCAAUGAAGCACCAACACUCACCCCUUAUCUGACCAGCUCCACCAACAGAAUGAUGGGUGAGAUGGAUCUGCCUCCAGACUGCAGUGAACUGUACAACAGAGGAGAGCGAGCCAGUGGUGUGUACGCCAUCAGACCCAACAGAUCAGAGCCCUUCAUGGCCUUUUGUGAUAUGAGCAAAGACCAUGGAGCAACAGUCAUCCAGCGGAGGAGAGAUGGUUCAGUGAAUUUUGAUCAAACCUGGGAGAAGUAUGAAAAUGGGUUUGGAGAUUUUCAAGGGGAGUUUUGGCUGGGUCUCAGGAAGAUACACUCUCUAGCUGCUCUGGGCAACUCUGUCCUUCAUAUCCAGCUGGAAGAUUGGAAACAGAACAGGCGCCUUUUCGAAUACAGAUUUUACCUUGGUGGUCCAGAGAGCAACUACACCAUUCAUUUAUCACAUCUAUCUGGAGAUUUGCCUGAGCCCAUGAGUAACCUCACAGGCAUGAAGUUCUCCACCAAGGACAGGGAUAAUGAUAAAAACCAGGACUCCAACUGUGCCCACACCUAUACAGGUGGAUGGUGGUUCAAUGCCUGUGGAGACACCAACCUGAAUGGGAGAUACUUCCACAUGAGGCCAAAGGGGCGUUCAGAGCGUCGGAAAGGGAUCCAGUGGAAGCCUGGUCGAAAGGCUUCGUACUCCCUGAAGUUCACUCAGAUGUCUGUUUACCCCAUGGCUCACCACAGCACCACCUCCUCCACAUCGGCUUCAUCUGAGACAGGCUUCUUUCUCUAACAUUACAGACAUUCUCCAGUAAAAAAUACUCAACAUCAA